CUGUCUGUGAGAAGUGUUUUUGGAUUUUUUUUUUAAACUUUAAUCAUUAAUAACGUGACAUAGCGGAUGAAAUGUUAAGUGAACCUGAUAUGGGCAUGGUCGGGUAUAUACACAUACACACAUACUCAAAACAAACAAUUAUUGUGCAAUAGUAAUAAUAAUAGUUUAUUGUAGUUAACAUAGAAACAUAGAAAAUAGGUGCAGAAGUAGGCCAUUCGGCCCUUCGAGCCUGCACAUUCAAUAUGAUCAUGGCUGAUCAUCUAACUCGGUAUCCCAUACCUGCCUUCUCUCAAUACCCCCUGAUCCCUUUAGCCACAAGGGCCACAUCUAACUCUCUCUUAAAUAUAGCCAAUGAACUGGCCUCAACUACCUUCUGCAGGAGAGAAUUCCAGAGAUUCACCACUCUCUGUGUGAAAAAAGUUUUCCUCAUCUCAGUCCUAAAGGAUUUCCCCCUUAUCCUUAAACUGUGACCCCUUAUUAUGGACUUCCCCAACAUCGGGAACAAUCUUCCUGCAUCUAGCCUGUCCAGCCCCUUAAGAAUUAUGUAAGUUUCUAUAAGAUCCCCCCCCCCCCCCCUCAAUCUUCUAAGUUCUAGCGAGUACAAACCGAGUCUAUCCAGUCUUUCUUCAUAUGAUGGUCCUGACAUCCCAGGAAUCAGUCUGGUGAACCUUCUCUGUACUCCCUCUAUGGCAAGAAUGUAUUUCCUCAGAUUAGGAGACCAAAACUGUACGCAAUACUACAGGUGUGGUCUCACCAAGACCCUGUACAACUGCAGUAGAAUCUCCCUGCUCCUAUACUCAAAUCCUUUUGCUAUGAAUGCUAACAUACCAUUCGCCUUCUUCACUGCCUGCUGCAUCUGCAUGCCUACUUUUAAUGACUGGUGUACCAUGACACCCAGGUCUCGUUGCAUCUCCCCCUUUCCUAAUCAGCCACCAUUCAGAUAAUAAUCUACUUUAAUGUUUUUGCCACCAAAGUGGAUAUCCUCACAUUUAUCCACAUUAUACUGCAUCUGCCAUGCAUUUGCCCACUCACCCAGCCUAUCCAAGUCACCUUGCAACCUCCUAGCAUCCUCCUCACAGCUAACACUGCCCCCCAGCUUCGUGUCUUACGCAAACUUGGAGAUGUUGCAUUCAAUUCCCACGUCCAAAUCAUUAAUAUAUAUCGUAAAUAGCUGGGGUCCCAGAACUGAACCUUGCGGUACCCCACUAGUCACUGCUUAUGUUCAGAGCUUAUGUGAGUUUGUAGUGUUUACUAGCCUCAUGGCUGUAAGGAAGAAGCUGUCCCUGUUUCUAUGCAAGAUCUCUAAACUAAACUAUGUUAAUCUACACAGGACAUGGGAAAGGUAUUAAAUUAGUACUUUGCAUCAAGAUUCACUAAGAGAAGGACAUGCGAGCUGGGAGAGGGAUCUUGUGGGCUGAGGCAGUAUGAGAUCAAGAAGGGUAUGGGGCUGGGUGUUUUGAAGAGCAUUAAGGUGGACAUGUCUUCAGAUUAUGAUUGGAUCUAUCGCAGGUUAUUAAAAGAAGCAAAACAGGAGAAUACUGAGGCCCAGAUGCAGAUCUUUGCAUCCUCACUGUAAACAGUCCAGGCCCUGGAGGAUUGGAGAGCAGCGAAUAUAGUUUGUUCAAAAGAGGAAAUAGAGAUAAUUCUGGACCCUGGAGCACCCAACUUUGUUAAUAACCCUCCUCUUUAUUUCUAAAAGGACCAUGGCGGUUGCACAGUAUUUUAUGAAGGCAGAAGCUGCCAACAAGAUUGGAAAGCAUCUCUCAAAACAGGUCAAAGCUGUGGAGUCGCUGGCCAGCAAACUGACCAGAAUCGGGAACAGAGCCCCGAAUAAAGCAGAUGUUGAUGUGAUCCAGUGGCUGGUCCAGAAAGCACACUGUGAAGCAAAGGAGGCCUAUGGCAUGGCUGUUGGCUAUCUGAGAGAGGUUCAAUCAGUCUGUGAGAACCUAAUGGAAGAGAAAGGCAGAAUACAAGAAGAGAUGAAACGGAAGAAACAGGAACUGAGCGCUUUACAAGGACAGCUUCCAACCAUGAGAGAGGAGAAGACCAAGCAAAAACGUUACAUGCGUAGCUUAAGAGAGCCACUGAGAGUGGCAGAGAGAGCAUUGGAGAGACAAAGGGAACAUGAGAGGUCUAUGGAAAUUGCAAGGAAUGUAAGCAUUGGGAUAAUGUUUAUUCCCAUUAUUGGCACCAUAGCAGGAGGUAUAUCUGCCAUUGCUUGUGAAGUCAGCAGAGCUGAGGCAGAGGACAAUUGUCGAUCGCUUCGUGAAGAAGUGCGGAGAGGAGAGGAGAAAGUUUCAAAAUGUUCAUCAGAUCUGCAAUCUUGUAUCUCGCGCAUAGAGAAGGUGAGAAACGCGAUUCGCCAGACUAAAAAAAGAAUACAAGCUGUGGACGAUCAACUGAACAUGCAGCAAGAGCGACUGGAAUAUUUCUUCGCUAUAGAUUGCCAGCUGAAACAUGGAACACUCAGUAUGAACACACUGCUCGGGAAAGUAGAAGUGCUGGAAUGGCGCAGUGAGAAAUUCCUGAAUCUGGAUGCUCUGAACAUUGUUGUACAGGACGUAAUUGCCCACAUAUUAAAGCUGCCUAACCUGCUACAGGGGAAGAUUCUGCAUUUGGAACCAUACACUGUUAACAUGCUGACAACCUUCAGUGAUCAGCUGAGGGCGAUUGAGUGGUCAGAUUCAGAUCUCAGCGAAUGGUCCUAAUGCCAAUGAGCAGGGCAACUGUGUGCACUGGAUUGUGCCACACGGCACUGUGUCACUGAAGGCAACUGAUAUGAUCAACGUUUUCUCAUUCCUCUCUCUCUUUCUGUCCCUGUGGUUCGUGAUUGGUUAUAUUUUGAAGGCAUUGAGUCAUCCAGCACAGAAACAGGCCCUUUCGGGUUAGGCCAACCACAGCCCACCCGUUUACAAUGACCCUGCAUUAACCUCAUUUAUUGUUCCUCCCACAUUUCCACAAAACUCCGUGUCACUGCAGUGAUAUGAUCAAAGUUUUCUUAUUCGACCCUCUCUCUCUGACCUCGGGUCCCUAAUGCCAUGUUAUCUUCACAGGUCAUUGAGGCACCGAGUCUAGGCCAACCAUUUACAAUAAUCAUGAUUUUUUAAAUUUUUCCCGAAUCCCCACCACCUCCCCACAAAUUCUCCUACACUCACACACACUCACACACUCCCACACAACCCGGGUUUCUGGCACAUAUCUAUAUUACUAAAAGUCUGUUCUUGACCGGUUUUGGCUUUCUGUGCUACGAUUUCCGAGAGUACGCCGCCACCUACGGCCAUCAUUUUUGGCCACCUCGCUCAGAGCCCCACUCCGCCGCAUGUGUGCGGAGGAUUUAAGCCAUCGAUGAAAAUUGACAGAGGUAUUAAUGUUUUUACAAAAUUCGCCAUUCUCUCUGCUGCCCCUGCUGGAGGGAAAGGGAGGAAUUAUAAAACCCCCCCCUCUCCCCCCCCCCCUCUUUUUCUCUCCCCCCUCUUUUUCUCUCCCUCUCCCCUCCUCCCCUCAAUUAGCGUGAGUGCGGGGGGGGGGGGGGGGAUGUUAGUGUGUGACGCUGCACGCCGCCUC